CCUCUACCUGCCGAGUAAACCGAAUACCGAGGCUGGAGCCUAUGCAGACUCUUCACGGAAUGGGGUUCUGAAGAUCCUCCGAACGAGUUGUCCCGAGAUCAAGUUGCCACCCAACGGUCAUUAGCAGUUCCACCCCGGAGACUUGAAUAAUAUACUACUACUAUGUUGUAAGUAAGCUGGCUGCCCAUUUUUAAUGCUUGUCCUCCAUGUGGCCAUUCCCAGCUCGUGAAACCCCCAGAAUCAAAUUUCCUGUGCCUGCGGUGCUCUCAACACACCCAUCACCCGAGACAACUGCAAGCAGUCACCGUCUUAUCAUUAUUCACCAUGUCCAAACUCGUCUCCGUGGUAGUCGUCGGCGGCUCGCACGCAGGCCUCGCAAUGAAUACUACUUCAACAUCGCCGCACCGCGCUUCCUCGUCAAGCCCGAGAGCCUGCCACAAAGCAAGUACCUAUACUCGAUUCCCGGUGCAUUCCACGACUACCCAGCGGACAGAUUCUCUUUUGUCAAAGGCCUGGUGACCAAUAUCGACUACGCGACCAAGUCCGUCACCGUCACCGUGGCUGCAAAUUCUGCUGCGACUACCACUACUACUACUCCUCCUCCGCCGACUGAGACCUCGUUCGGCUUCGAUUACCUCGUGAUUGCCUCUGGCAGUACGACCCCCGCGACUAUGGGUCAAUCAGGGGUGCGGCUUCCAUUCAAGUCGACUGCCUUUGAGGAUACAAGGAAGGUAAUUCGCGAGGCGCAGGAGAAGCUGCGCGCCGCAAGGCAGAUCCUCAUCGGUGGCGCGGGGCCCCUCGGGGUCGAACUCGCCGGGGAACUGGCCGAGGUCGCGGGUCCCAAGAAGGUCACCUUGGUGUCCCGGAGCCGCGAGCUGUUGGAGGGGGCGACUACCCCUGUGCAGAAAGCGGCGUCAUUGCUCCUUCACCAGCGGAAUGUCGAUGUCCUGACCGGGACCACAGUCGUCAAUGCGGCGUACGAAGCUAACACCCAGACCUGGAAGGUGGAGCUGUCCAGUGGGCGCUUGUUUACCGUAGAUGCCUAUAUCGCCACAACAGGCACCAUUCCAAACAACGCCUAUAUCCCAAAGAGCUUCUUGAAUGCGCAGGGCUGGGUCAAUGUUGACGGCCAACUUCGUGUCCUAGAGAACCGGGUCAGCCGGACCGAUACCUACGCUCUCGGGGACAUUGUUUGCCAUCCGUAUCGACUGCUCUCGCGAGUGCCUCUUCAGGCAGAGACCGUGGUAGCGAACAUUGUGGAGGCGAUUGAGAAAAGGGGCCAAGUUAGAACGUACUCGGCAGACGCGCAGAAGAAGAUGAUGGUCGUCCCCGUGGGGCAGUCCACGGGGACGGGACACAUCGGGGGCUGGACGCUGUUUGGUUGCCUGGUGUGGUUCUUCAAGGGCAGGGACUUUCUGACGUAUAAGGCUCCCAAGUUCCUGCGAGGGGAGGAGCGUUGAUUCUGCGAUGAUAUGUAUACUAUUUCUAGUUCCAUUGUUCUCGCAUCACAUCCCGCCCAAUAAUAUAUCUAUCUACUUG